AGAUUUAUUAAUCGAAGGAAAAUAAUCCCUUGAAGUGUACUCUUGUUACUAAUAUUUUACUGCACGAACCUACAAAUCUAAUUGAUACAAUUUUUGUUUAUACAGCUAAUUGGUCUUUCUGUUGUCUUGCUUUGACAUGUGAUUUUGACAUCGUGUGUAUUCAGUAUUGAUGCAUGCGUUCGCGGUCUACUCUGGCACUUCCAGCCAUAGAACUUUGCAUUAUGUAAUCAGUGGGAAGACAUUUUACGAGUUAUUAGGACUAAAUUGGAUAGUUUUAUAUAUGGCUACACUGAAUAUCAGUGCACAGCGACGGUAGCUUGAAUUUUUUUUAUGCUUGGAAAAUAACGAUUUCCCGGUAGACUUGAUCAAAUACCGGGAGUCUCCCGCGGAAUCCGGGAGGGUUGACAGGUCUGGUAUUGGAAUGUGGUAACUUCGGACUUUGGUAACUUCGGCCUGGUAACUUCGGACCCGAGUAAUCUCGGCCCCAGAUCACAGUUUGUCAAUGGUAUCUCAGCCAUAUCGUGUAGUACAGCAGCUGCUGCAGGUGACUUGUAGGUGCAGGUGUCACUACAGGUGUCUGUCUGCCAAGCCGAUCAAGCCACACAAGGCAAAAGCAAAGUCAAAAGAGCCCAGCAAAAUAUUUGUUGACUUCAAGAAAGUGCACGUCAAAGGUGGACAUGGGGGCAAUGGAUUUGUGUCUUUCUCUAGCCUGCCAGGCAAUGAGUGGGCUGGACCAGAUGGCGGAAAUGGAGGAAACGGAGGACACAUUAUAUUUAAAGCAUCCACCAACUACAAAUCUCUUUCUCACUUGGAUAUUGUGAUAACAGGAGAAAAUGGUGUGCCUGGUCAAAGUAAAAACUGCUAUGGAAAAAGUGCACAGCAUACUAAUAUUGGUGUUCCGGUUGGCACGGUUGUCCGGGACGAGACAGGCGACACUUUGACGAGCCUGGAAGAAGUCGGGGAUUAUUUUGUUGCUGCUCGAGGUGGAGCUGGUGGAAAGGGGAACCAUUUCUUUCUCAGCAACGAGAACCGCGCUCCAUCGUACGCGGAGACGGGUGCAGAGGGCCAGGAUCGAAUCCUGUUAGUGGAACUGAGAACCAUGGCCCAUGCGGGCUUGAUUGGUUUCCCUAACGCCGGGAAGUCCACACUGCUGCGAGCUAUCUCCAGGGCAAGACCGAAAGUGGCAGCCUACCCAUUCACAACGCUCAAUCCUCAUGUCGGAAUGGUCAUGUACGACGACUUCGAACAGAUUGCCGUGGCCGAUAUUCCUGGAUUAAUUAGUGGUGCUCACAAGAACCGUGGCCUCGGCAUUUCCUUUCUGCGUCACAUUGAGAGAUGUGCGUGUUUACUGUAUGUAAUCGACCUGUCUCUAGACAAACCGUGGACCCAGUUUGAAGAUCUCAGGUUCGAGUUGGAGUGUUACAAAGCAGGGCUGUCACAGCGACCUCACGCCAUUAUUGGAAACAAGAUAGACUUGCCAGUGGCCAAAAGUAAUCUCUCUUUACUGCAAAAACAUGUCGAUUUGCCAGUGUUUCCAAUUUCAGCUGAAAAAAUGAUUGGACUUGAUCCCUUGUUGAUCCAUCUACGUCAGAUGUACGACAAAUAUGCCGAAAAGAAAGGAACUGGUUGGUGAUCAAAUGUGCAUCUAGGACUUUUUAAUAGCUGUGUUGAACUCGACACACAGUGUAGGGUUGUUUUUAUUACUUUGGUUCAGACUUUACAAAGUUAGAAUAACAAUCUACAGAUCUUUGCUUUCAUACACGUUGAACACAUGCCGUUAAUAUUAAUAACCGUGAUGAUUAAAAUAAGCAAACGUCAUAAUGCUGUAUUCAGGAUGACACUGUUUCUCGUUACCGGCUGCGAGAUCACUAACUGAACACUUGAUAUUAUUAUCAGGGCCGAAGCUGGGGGGGGGGUGGGGACCAGACAAAAAUCUGGAAAGCAUAAUAGAAACUUAAAAGAAAAUUCUCUUAACCGUUCAAGGAGAUUUAAACUAUUAACUACUCAGUUGCCCUCCCCCUAUCAAAAAAUCCUAGCUAUGGCCCUGAUUGUUAUGUUUGAGAUGAUGGAUAGAUUAGGCUAAUUGGCUGCCUACAGCGAGCCCUGGAUUUGUGUGUGUGUGUGUGUGGUGGGGGGGGGGGGGGGGCAUAACUUUAGUUUGGUGGCCUUCAAAUAAGUGAAGUAAAGACGAUAGAGUUACCAGGAAGUUGCAUGGGAAGAAAGUCCAGAAUAGUACUUUGUCACUACAGCAUAUGUUGUUGUUUUUUUGUGGGGUUUUUUUAGCAAAAGCAGCACUUAUACUUAAAUUUUGAUCACUCGUGUGCUGUUUAAAUACAGAUGACACAUACAGGUGUCAGUACUUGUAAAAAGUACAUUGAUGAGAAUGAAUAACAAAGUGGUACUGCGUCACGACUGGUAUAUCAAAGGCUGUGGUAUGUGCUAUCAUGUCUCUGGGAUGGUGCAUAUGAAAGAUCCCUUGCUGCAUUAGAAAACAAUGUAGUGGGUUUCUUUUGAUGACUAAAAGGAAGAAUUACAAAAUGUUUGACAUCCAUUAGCCAAUGAUUAAUUAAUCAGUGUUCUCUAGUGGUGUUGUUAAGCAAAACUAGCUAUUAAUUUAGAA